AUGGCGGCGUCAACAGGCUCGCUUGUACCAUUACCAAAGCCAAAGAUCGAGACCCUCAUUGAUGUCUGGUUCCAGCGAAAGGGCGAAGCAGCUUGUCGUCGAGGCAAUCUUCAUCUCACUCCUCAUCAUCUCAUCUUCGAAUCCAAGUCAUCUUCUGCCGCGGAUUCGCCAGCACGGCAAGUCUCGAUACCGCUAUCGCUCAUCCACAAAGCAACUCGCAUCCCGUCCCUUCGCAUUUCAACUCAACAAGCAUCGCCCUCGCAACGAAUCUACCCGAUCACGCUCUUCUACAAGACCUUCGAUUCAGCCGCCUUUGCCUUCCACUCCGAGAACGACCAGCUUGCCGUCUUUGAUAGCCUCAAAGAAUGCGCUAUCCUCUCCGACGUUACCCAACUCUUCGCGUUUUACUACCAGCCCUCCUCUCGGCUCCAAAGCUGCCGCGUGUACGACCCCAAGAGCGAGUUUGCACGUCAAGGUCUAGGCUCGCGCUCCAAAGCGUGGCGAUUCACUGACCUCAAUGCUCAGUACGCCUUUUGCGCAACCUAUCCUUCGCUCAUGGCGGUGCCAUCGCGCAUCAGCGACACCACGCUUAGCUACGCUGCGAAGUAUCGCAGCAAGGCCCGCAUCCCUGCUCUGACCUACUUACACUGGGCCAACCAUGCGUCCAUCACUCGAUCCAGUCAGCCCAUGGUCGGCUUGAAGAACGCACGCUCCAUCCAAGACGAGAAACUCAUCGAAGCCAUCUUCACUUCGCACCACUUUGCCGAUCCCGAAUCCAUCACAGCCAAAGCAGCUGCAGACGCAUCCGGUGGCGCCGCCGCCUCCUCGGCCUCCGGCGCUCCGGCCGUCGCCACCGUCUACGGUGCCACCACCACCAACCUUAUUGUUGAUGCACGCCCGACCACCAACGCUAUGGCCAACGUCGCAAAAGGAGCCGGUACCGAAAACAUGGAGUACUACAAAGGCUGCAAAAAGUCAUAUCUCGGCAUCGAAAACAUCCACGUCAUGCGCGACAGCCUCAAUCGACUCACCGAUGCGCUGCGCGAGAGCGAGCCCAUCGCUACAUUUGGCAUGCGCGUCGAAGCCCUGGGCGACGCUCCUGCAAACGACUCGGUCACUGAUGGCUCUGGCUCUGUGCUGCGUCUCAAUCCCACACCCGUCGACCCAGCGGCGCUUCGCAAAUCCAUGUGGCUCAAGCACAUCCAAUCGCUCAUGGAGGGUUCCAUGUCCAUCGUGCGCAAUGUGCACAUAAACAGCUCCCACGUCCUCAUCCACUGCUCAGACGGCUGGGACCGCACCUCGCAGCUCGCCGCCAUCGCCCAGAUCUGCCUCGAUCCUUACUUCCGUACCUUUGACGGACUUGCUGUCCUCAUCGAAAAGGAUUGGCUCAGCUUCGGUCACAAAUUCACCGACCGAAGCGGUCUCAAGGGGUCCGAUCGAUACUUUACCGUCGCCUCCAAGAACAGCUACGGUAGUCAGAAUGAGGACCAGGACGAUGGCUACGACACGGACCCUGAACUCGACAGGACCAACUCCGGUGGUGGCGGCGGUGGCGGCUUCGAUGGACAAGCUGCUGCCAAUGCCUUUUGGGGCUUCACAAAGCAGCUCACCGCCAACUUUUCUGCUGCCACCUCGAGCUCUCCAGCUGGCUCCAAAAGGGGCUCCAACAUCAAGGAAACCUCGCCUGUCUUCCACCAGUUUCUCGAUUGCAUGUGGCAGAUCAUGCGUCAGUUCCCCGAGCGCUUCGAGUACGACUCGGCGUACCUUGUCGAGCUGCACCAAGCGAUUUACGAAUGCAAGUAUGGCACAUUCCUCAUGGACUGCGAACGAGAACGUCUCAAGCCCCAGGAUUCAGACGGCAGGAGCCUCCCGGCCUUGCCGGCGCGCACCGUGAGCGCAUGGACGUAUCUUCUUUCUUCCGAGAUCAAGGCUCGGCAUCGCAAUUCGCGCUACCAGCCCGAACUCGACGAUCGCGAUCCGAAGCGCAAGGGAACCGACAUGGGUGUCCUCAUCGCCGACUCUCGCGACGUGCGCUACUUCGAGCAGCUCUUCCAGAGGGCCGCAGGCGAUAUGAAUGCGGCUCUAGACAAGGAAGCCGAUGAACGACGACGCGCUCGCGAGAGAUUGGAACGAGCCGUCCGCGGCACCGAUGCGGUGACUGCAUCCACCGAAGCACCCAAAGCCAUUGGCGCAAAUGGGGCGCCAGCGGAGAACCCGAAUACCACCCCCGCGAAAGUGCCCGGCGGAGGCGAGUUGGAGAAGGCGGAGGCGACCAUCGCCGUGGUGGGUGCAGGUGAUGCCGAUCCGGUGCUCAAUCCGCUUGCCGCUGCCGUUGCAGACACAGCGACGACAACGAGCAUCCCAAGUAAUGGUGUCGUGAACUCUCCUGCACCCGGCGCAGUCGACUUGACCUCGAACGGUCAACUCUCGUACCAGGCAAGGCAACCUCGAAGUCGCGCACAACCGACAGCAGCAUCCGCAUUUCCAGGCUCCUCGAGCAACGAAGCAGCGAGCGACCCGUCAAUGGCUAUGGCAAACAACGUUUCAAACGCAGCAGACGCCGCGGCCAAUCGGAUGAAGAAUCUGCUCAUCGGCGGGUGGGGCCGGCUGCAAGAGGCUAUGGCUGCCCCCCCUGCAUCAGAAGCAUCGCCCCUUUCAAACGACCAGCUUCAUAUAGCGCAACGCCCUGCGAGUCCAGCCAAGCCGGCUAGCAACUCGAUGUCCGCAGAUCCUGUUUCAGCAAGUUCUUCGAAUCGGCAUCCUCAGGGUGUUCGCGACGGACGCGACCCUCCUCAACCUCAUGCAUACACGGGCUCAGCGUCCUCGGCACAGGCUGCGCACAAUCCAUGGGCGGUCAACACGGGCAUGCGCGACGAAAUGCAGCGCGAACAUGUCGCAAUGCGCUCGCCGUACGGCCUCGCUCCCAGUGCAGGUCGUCCCGGCUUUGGGACCAGCGAGAGGCACCAGAGCUGGACUGGCUCAACUUAUCCAAGCAGCAAUGGGACAACCUUGUCCCAAGAAUUGGAGGAAAGCAAAGACGAGGCCAAGCAGAGCGCUGGCAAUGCCAUCACGUCGGAUCCAUUAGGUGUAUUGUGA